CUCUCUAUCUGUCUCUCUUUCUCUCUUUCUCUCUGCUUCGUCUUCAACCCUUGUUCAGUUUUUCCUGCACUGUUGGCUCUCUCUUUCUCUCACUCAAUUUUCUCGCUACUAAAAAACCCAACCCGUAUGUAAUUAAUCCUAUAUAACACUUUUUGGCGUUUGGGCAUUCAGAGUUCGCCAUUUUUAUUGAGGCGAAUAGCUUUUGGGGCCAUAAUUUUAAAGAAAAACAUGAACUGGGUUGGAUUAGAUUUACAUUUUGGCAUUUUGCUACUGUGAAGUCCAUAUAAUAUGGAUAUUCUGAAAAGAAGUUUAUUUGUACCUUUGCGGUGAAGUCAAAAAAGCAUUACAUGACAUUUUGGGGAAACAAAAAGUGUAAUCAUGUUUGCAACUAUGAUAAGGUACUGUGCAAAGAAACCAAAGCCAGCCAUGAAGCCUAUAGAGCUGAAAACCCCACCUGAGCAGACCCAGACCAUCACUCGGGCUAUUUUUGAUAUUGUGAAGGAGCAUGGUCCUCUAACCAUUGCAGAAACCUGGGAUCAUGUUAAGGAAGUUGGUUUGAGAGGAUUGACAAGCAAAAGGCACAUGAAAAUAGUGCUGAGAUGGAUGAGGGAGAGGCAGAAGCUGAGACUAAUAUGCAACCACGUAGGGCCUCACAAGCAGUUCUUGUACACAACUUGGUUUACAAAACCUAACAUCGGUAACGUGAAGCAGGUUAAAGUAAAUGAACUUAAAAAACCAAGGCACCCUUGAAAAUUGCUGGGUUUACUAGCUAAGUACCUCUUUUUUUUUUUUUUUUUUUUCUUUUUUUGUAAAAUUAAAAAUGAGUCAGAAAGUAAUUUGUAAUUUUUGUUGUUGAGAAUUUAAUAUAAGAUAAGUGAAUCCUUAAAUUGGUAAGUAAAAUCAAAUGCAAACCAAUAAAAAAUUAUCACAACAUUUAUUAUUA